CCUGCUUCCCUUGAAUCUGAUCCUUCAGUUCCGAGCCCAGGCGCCAUGCUGGAAUUGGAGCGCUUACCACAGACCAUCUCCCCGUCCCGCAGCUGUCUACGGUUUUCUCUAUCCUCUCCACGCUAAUAUCCAGCUUCCACUCUCAUGCCGGUGAUGGUCCCUUUGAAUUCCCCAACCGCUCACGCCGUUGAUGAGCGCAGAAACGUUCUACUCGGUCAGCGCAAUGGCUAUGAGGCUGCGGGAAGGAACCUCGGACCAAGUUACUCCUACCUUCCCCUGACCCUCAGCACACACCCCCAGCGUGCGCAGCUAUUCACCGCCGUCAAUCCGUUUGAAAUUCCAGAACGCUGGUGGAAGCGGGGCAGGAGAGACACUGCUCCGGAUGCAGAAUGUGGGAUUGGAGUCCAACACGUUGUAUCAGACGACGACAUUCCGGGCGAUGCAAAGCACCGUGCACAUCCUGCUCACGGUCCCAACUACCCCUACGCGUCUAUGGGCCAUGACGGCUCACCGACGAACGGUAUGGUUGAUCCUCGGAAUCCAAGCGGGGAUAUGUGGAACUCGCCUGUUGGAAUGGGGACAGGGAGUCACCCGGAACCAUUCCUGCCGCCAGAUAGGAUGUCCGCUGAACCUCCUUCGGAGCAGAGACCGAUCCCAGCCCCAAAUCCGGGCCGCAAUCCUGUCUAUCAUGUUGUGGAGGACGCGAUCUGUCAGCCGGCGUCCAUACAUCGACCCAGGUCUCCACCACCACAACCGGAGCACAGCGCACCGAUUACAGGUACCCCCCUGCAAGCAAUCUUGACGCCAAAGCAUAGCCCUGCGAGCAACAGGGAACAGUUCGAUCCGCCUGAACGCCCUGACACUAUCGCGGAAUCCCAGGGCAGAAACGGAGAGAGGUCGCCGGAAGAACCGGCACGUUCUGAGCGCUCCACGGGCAGGAGAUACAGUCCAUGGACUUCGUUUAGUAGUCGCAGUGGAAGCUCUCUUUCUCCCGGCGACCGUGGUCGUUACGCUCGUCGCCAGCACCCUCGAUCUGGCUCCCCGUCUCGCUCUCCAACUUGGUCGAGAAGCCGUCAUGCUCGAGAACACGAGGGUCCUUAUGAUGACAGCCCCUCGCCCCCUGAUCUCGGUCCCCAUCGAAGCCCAGGUGCUUCGCGCUCGAUGUCUAUUCGGAGAGAGGCUUCACGACCAGAAAAUAUCGACGAAGAGAGCCGUCUUGAUUCUCCCGCUGCUCGCCCACAGUGGGAUCCGGCAGCUGAGGCGGGCUAUCCUGCCCGCCUGCCUCCAGUCGCGAUUGCCGUUCCCCCCGAUUCAUCCACAUCUGAACUGCCACUCCCCGUGACGCUCGUAGCAACAUCACCAAGGACGUCCGGCACCCUGUGGUCCUCGCUUCUCGACGCUGCAUUCGUCGUUACGGACUUCUUCCCACGGCAGCUCUACCUGCUCAUCCUGCUGAGAAUCCCGUCGCUGUACUUUUCGCGAGUUACGCGAGUGUUCGAGGACGCCCGGCUGAAUCAUUUUGAUAUCGAGCAGAUGGCGAAAGCCAGGGCGGAGCAGUGGAAUGUGCAGCCGCCGCCGUACUCGAUGUUGUUGCAGCAGCAGCAGCCGUAUCCGGAGAUGGCGACACCUACUUUACCCGUCGCCUUGCUGAUUUUCAAAGCCUCGUGGGAAGAGUUCAUCGACUCGCUGAUGAAGGAAUGGAAGACGUUGAACAUCGUUUCCGUUCUAUUGCUUUCUGCCAUCUUGACCAUGGUUCAAAUCAACGAAGUGUCACAUCCCGUUACUCGAACCGCCGCCCUGUUUGCGUUGAUCUGCGCGCUGAUGAGUUUAUUGUUUGGCUGCAUGUACAUCAUCCGGUUCGGGACCAUGCGCAAGAUGCACAAGGCGAGCAGGUUAGCUGCCGAGGCGCAGAGGGGUGUUGUUGGCAUUUGGUGGAAUGUUUGGGUUCUCCUGGCGAUGCCAGCAGUUUGGCUUUCCUGGUCGCUCGUCGCCUUUCUUAUUUCCAUCAUGUCGUUCAUCUGGCUGGGUGGUUCAACGGCAGAUCCGAACGGUUUUCUGUUGCACCCUAAAAUAUCACUGGCACCUCAGAUUCUGCUUACUGCUGUCUUUGUCUCUGGGCUGAUCUAUUUUGUGCUCACUGCACACGAAUUCCAUCGAUACGGGGACCCUCUGGAUCGGGAGUGGUCGAAAGCUGUGGAUGCAGACGUUCAGCGUCAGAGCAAGCCUGUGCGACCUGUGUACUCCGACUCUUCUCUGCGCCCUCUCACGGAUAAGUCGACACCUGGGGAUACACAUCGAUCCCUCCCGCGAAGACCGUCUGAUCGUCCCAGUCCAGACAUUGCCUUCCCCAGGGCUCUCCCAAUCAUGCGCUUGAAUCUGGACAAAGAGAUUGGUGCGGUGACAUCGUUCGAGCCGCAUGACUCGCUUGUAGUGCCAGAUGAGACAUGGGCCGCAUUCAUGCAGGACAUCCAAUCCGUCUGGGCCGACCGUCCCGUGUUCCGGGCUCCGCCUGGGGUCGACCUGCAUAUCGGCAAUGGGAGCGUUUCCGUUCUGUCUCCAGCACAACUGAACUCGCUCUCCUCCUCUGCCGAAGACCAUAGCGUGAUUCCGGUCGAAAGAUCGCUUCCAGUUUCGGAGAAGCAAGAUCGCCGCGUUGGAGCUAUACAUGCGAUGCUUGUCGAGUGGAACAGGCGGUUCUUCUGGUCGUGUGGGUUGAACGUCGAGCUGAAUUCGAUACCGUCUCAUCCACGGCUGUUUGAUAUCUGCUUGCACGAUACUCGAGUGCGAGGACCUGGGAUAGGCCGUCAAAUAUCACGAGGCUGGGGCGAGGCUGAGCACAGGGAGGGAACGUGAUCAUCACUCUGCAGAAUAAUUCCAUAUGAGUAGAUCACGCUUCGAGCUUGUUCGAAACGUAUGUCGAUAUGGAAAUCCGCGGUGCACGUACUGCAUUGAUCGCACUGCGGUCAGCUGUGAUGCUGCUCUUCAUGCUCAUUUCCGGUGCCAUGUGUCUCGAUGCGUCGCGGAAUGAAUCGUGUCUCCAGGAAUAUCCCAAUAACAUAACUUCUGGAAUGAGGAUUUGGAUUUGGGCAUUCACCGCAUCAACUCUCGCAAAGAAGAGGAAAGCAAGGAGCGUCCUUGUCACAGAUCGAACACCCUCAAGCACUGCGUAUUCCUUUCUACAACGAACACGAAUGUUUCUUCAGCUCUUUAUGCCAGAUUACGUCACACAUGUGUUGCCAAUUGGCUGCCUUUGACAUCGGCCUUGGAAUGCUCCUGGGAAGAUCGAGACAACACGGCUUGCUACAUACUUAGGUUGUGGAUAGCGCUAGAGGGAUGUUAUGAGCCGGACGUUGAUCAGAAUUUCCCUCCGCGCUCCAGCUCGUGUUUCCCGCCGUGGCUAUGCAUCUCACACCACACAUCGACGCGAUGCGAUUGGGAAUGGGAUCUAUUACACAGGCCCCGAUGCGCAGGCUGUCACUCACUACACCCGCUAAGCUCGAUUUAACUCCCUCGCCCAGCAGCUCUGCGUCAACGAUGCAGAGAAACUCCAAGGCGGACAAGGCCAGCCUGUUGUGCGCGAUGCUCUCCACCGCGCAGCUGUGUGUGGCCACUGGGGGGAAGCAUGCCUUCUAGACCGAGAGGAGCCUGAAACCGCAGUACAAGUUCGGCCAGGCCAGAUGACGAGUGUGGACGUCGAUGUCAGCCAGGACAUGACUUGGACCGCCGAAUUCAUGGAUAGAAUCAGCGAGAUCAGGGACAGUAUGAACGUCAUCGGAUCUCUGCAGGUCAAAAGUGACGCUGUUGGUGGGGGUAGGAAAGCGUCGGCAUCCUUUUUCGAUCCGAGUAAACUCAAGGAAAGCGACAUCGACUUUUUUUUGCAGGUCCGCGUCAACAACGGCUCACUGCUCCCGAUCUAACCGAUCUCGAUUCCACAAGUUGCGAUGCUAGCCAAGUACACAAGCCUGAAAAGCUUCUACAUGAAGAGCACCAGGGGAUUGCCGCUCGACUAUGAGAAUGCCGGUGUAUACUCGUCCGUGCUGCUCGAUGCUCACAUUGAUUACAAAGUGAUGUGGUGUAACAUACAACAAGCCGCAUGGGAAGUUUAACAGGGUCAAUCAACGUCGGUCGGGAAACAGCACGUCGAGAGGUUCACCACAUUAGGCGCCAAAGCAAAAGCAGAUUCACGGCUAAAAUGACAAGAUACCAAAACAAACUGGCUUCAGCGAAGCAGCAACACCCUCGACAAUUACAACCAGCAGUACCGCUGCUUGAUGUCGGCGCACCUACGCCACCUGCUGCUCUGUUUUGUGACGAAAAUACUGGUGCACCACCAGUACCGCUUCUCCUGUUUUACCCUCCAGACCCCCCGGUCGAGCCCGAAGAAACUCUGCCACCUAACGAACUCAUCCCGUACGAGGGCAGUCUGUCUGGCCUCGGCGGCGCGCGCAGAGACUGCCGGUCCGAGAUAAUCAAGAUUGUACGAGAAGUCGAUGCGGUGGCCAGGAUCCAAGAUCGGAGCCGUUUGUGGAAAUAUUUCAGUCUAGCGAUCCUCUAGAUCUUGCUUCCGGCGAGUUGCUCAUUCGUGCCGUCGUCCUUGCUGUGUUGUGAUCCGGCUGUGCGCAAUGUCAGCUGGGAAAGAGCCGUCGUAGAAGCCACCGAUGCAGCGAGGGCCAAAACGGAGAAAGAGAAGGGCGCAGGAGGCGAUCGUGGACAAUUUGUCGAGCACACAAAUCAAGGUCCCGCUUGUCGGCAGGGAACACCAGGACUUCGAAGCAGGAAUGAAGACGCAGAUUCCAGAACCGAAGCGCGAACAUACUGUUGGACGGGAGUGACAGAGGGCGAAGAUGGGCCGGAAACAUGCGGCCGAGCUAGAAGAUGCGGGACAGAAACUGGAGCAGUUCAAGGAUACGGUCAGGCAAGUGCAAGUCAAGCUCAGCACGCUAAAGACGACAAAAAGAUUACUCGGCCUGAAGGACGCAUGGUGCCCAGUGCCGCUCAGGACGCCUGUCCAAUUCAAGAAUGUCAACAAACGGCAGUGCAUGCAAUAUGACCUCUUGUUCGGGUUGGGCGGUCCGGCCUGGGCGGAGCGAUGAAAGUGGUCAUUUCAAGUGUGUGAGUUUGACAUCCAGGCAUUGGGAGCACUGGCUUUCAGAAUCAGACAUGUCCAGACUGGCCGCCUCUCCGCUGUCGCAAGACAGGUCUCCUCUGGCGUGUGGCUGCAGAUGUGCGAGUUCCCGGUGUUCUUCAUGUUCAUGUUUGAGUCCGUCAUGGAUAACGGAGCGUUCGCCGGAAUGACUACGUCCAUUUGUGUAUGUCUCCUCUGCAUCUCGCCGGGACCUGAUCCCGCCUUGCAGGGUCCAUUUGGCCGAGAUGCCGUGCCAUACGCUGAAUGUCGCUGGAGGCGGAACGAAUGAUGAUGCGCAGAAGCUCGCGUUUUCCGGAGAGAAGAGCAAUAGUGACAGGUGGUUCAUUGACGCCUUCGAUAGAGGAUAGAGAGGCGGUACUGGCAUCUUUGUCUGCUGAGCACUGAAACUCGUAAUCGGUGCGAAUUGAUUGUCUUGCUUGGCUUGAGAUUGCUGGCCUAUGUUCUUUUCCAUUUCUGCAAAUGAGACUGCUGGUGGCUUGCGUGCGGUUGACGGCUAGGUUAAUUCAUCUAUCGCGCACGCGUCGCCUCGCCGUUGAUCUAUCUGCACGUCGCGCCCCUCUUCACCGGCAUGCGGCGUUUCGCCCUGAUCCCGGGAUCUUUUCCCGGCAGCGGGAGAGGGCGGACUUGCGGAGAGGAAUUAAACUCCAGCACGCGGCUGUCGCACCCAGCUCUCAAAGAAAGACAUCAGUUGUAUCGAUCCGGUGCGCCACGGUUCCAGAGGUGUAUGAUAGGGAUCGCAGCGUUGGUGUCACCGCAUCUGACUGACUCACUGACAACGCGUCUGCUGUCCUCCGAGGAGCAUCGCAGCUCAUGCUAUUCUGGCGAGUGGUGCUGAUCCAACCACCCUUUAGUAGGUGGGGAGCCGCGAUUCUCCCGCACCUAAUUCUGCUGCCACGAGUCUCCUGACACACCGUAAUAACAAAGCAGGGUUUAAUGGAAGUUUCAGAUGGUGAUCACCACCGAGAUCCAGGAAAUAGGACGAAGUUGGCGGUGAGGCUGCGGCUGCGGCCUCUGUAGACUCGCAAAUGACACUCUUGUUUCCCGAUCCAGUGCGGAUAGUCUGGAAAGUGGGGUUCGCUCGAGAACUGUCAGGCAGCCUUCUUCUAUGUUCUUGCUGUGUCGCUUCUGUAUGACUGGAGCUGUGUCUCGCCUUCGGUACCGCCCGAAACGGUCCCUCGUUCUCAUCGGUGGCGCUUCAUUCUACCUCAUGUUUUGUUCUGGGCACACCCUGAAGAGCGUACCCUCGAUUUCAAACGGAGUAAGCCGUCGGGAGAGGACCGGCCCGAUCCAAGUAUAUAUCAUUAUGAGCGCCUUCGAAGAUUAUGAAGCAUCUUGAACUGAUGAGAAAGCUGUUGAAUGCUUUUCUAUGACUCGACGCUUCCUGUCCAAAGAUGAAACACUGCCUCUGCGCCGUCUUUUGGGCUCAGACCAGUCAGGGUUUGCGCAUGGGAAGGGUAGCUCGCAAUCAAUGCUUGUUUCACAGAUAAUGAGCUGCGGAUUCGGUCCGAACUGGAGGAGCAGAUGGCAGCCAUGUGGAUCUGACCUGGGCUCUGCAGGACUGUGGGCAAAGACGGUAUCAGGGCGCGGGAGUGUUCGUACGCGAGAUCUGGGCCAGCCGAUGCCAUCGUUGUUGGUGAUGGCGCCGCAAUCCCGGAGCAUGGCGUCGUGAUUGAGAUUUGACUUGAUCGCAUACAAGUGCCACAGCGUUCGCGAGUAUGUCUCUGGUCAAUCUCGACUGCGUUUGCCCCUCCCUGUCUCCAUGUCACUGCAUGUUUGCUUCCGGAGCCCGUUCCGACUGGCGUUUGAUCCACUGGCAUACCGGGAAACACCCCGUCAAUGCUUCACCAUCAAUCUGCACUCCCGAGUUGUUGAACGUCCGAAGGCCAAUAUGCCAUUCCCACGUAGACUAGAACCGCUUAGUCUCCGUCCGAGGAAAUUGAGACUGGGCCGGAGAGGGCGAAUGUAUUUCGCCAGUGAACGCGGGGCUUAGCACAACAGCACGUAAAAAAACAAGCAGGCGGCGUAAUAAGAGGGCAAGCGGCCAAAGGGCCUACUGAGCCCGUGCUGCAAGUCAAGCGAGUCAUGCAAUCUCAGAUUCAUGAUCGUCUGUCUAAAUAUCCCCGAUUCGUGCUGGCGGACAAGCAACCCUGGGCGUUAGAAACCACGAGGCGGCACCCGAGGACCAUUUAAGACAAAAUCAUUCGGUCGCCUAUUCCUGGCUCGCCCUUCUCUCCCGUUCUCCCUUCAUCAUGAACUACCUUUCAAACGUGUUGUCGCCCUUGGGCAUGAGCACUGGCGCUAUCCAGGAUACAAUGAAACUGGUGGUCAUCGGAGGCACCGUAGAGACCGCGCGACGCGUGUCCAUGUCGGCUUGGAACGGGUUCGUUGACUCCUUCUUCCUCACCGCGCACUUCAGCGAGGACGACUACCCUUAUGACUGGCUUAUGCAUUGGCUGUCCAAGCAACCCGCCUGGGGUCGCAGCCGCGAAUUCGAGAUUACGACGCGCAGUGUGAACCGCACGGGCAUGAGCGAGCCGACGACGGGAGAUGUGGAGGAGGACGACGAGUGCGAGGACGAUAACGACCUCGUCCAUGGACGCAGGAAACGCAAGGUGGCGUUCAUGCCGAGCGUCGACACGACUCAUACGAUCUACUACCGCGGCCACUGGCUCAGGAUAACGCGUACACAGCGUUACCCGGAUUACGGACACGGCGCCGCUUUGAAAGUCAGCGUCGUCGCGCGCAACAAUGAUAUCCUGAAAAAGCUCGUCCUCGAGGCGAAGCGGGAGUACGAGAAAGACGCCGAGCACCGGGUCCAUAUCUUCAUGGCCGACACCACGUACAGCUGCUGGCGUUGGAACGGCGCUCGGCAAAAGCGGCCGAUGACAUCUAUCGUCCUGGAGCCGGGAGUGAAGGAGAUGCUGCUGGCGGACUGCAAGGACUUUUUGUGCUCGGAGGAGUGGUAUGCGGAGCGAGGCGAGGAUCCACUAGGCAUUCCUUUCCGCCGCGGCUAUCUGCUGCACGGUGUACCCGGAAGCGGCAAGACUUCCCUUAUUCAUUCGUUGGCUGGUGAACUAGGUUUAGAUAUCUAUGUCGUCUCUCUCUCUUCCAAGGGCAUGAGUGAUAACACAUUGACUACUUUGAUGGGCCAUGUUCCAUCCAGGUGCAUUCUCCUGCUUGAGGAUCUCGAUGCCGCGUUUACGCGCUCGGUGAGCCGUGAUUCUUCGUCUAACGGAACGCCAACUUCGACAUCCACAACCACCACCGCGGGCGGCAGCGCGACUCCGCCGGCUGAGUCUGACGGCUCGACUCUGAGUCUGAGCGGACUUCUGAACAGUCUGGACGGGGUCGCUGCUGCCGAGGGUCGGUUGCUGUUUGCCACGACGAACCACAUCGAGCGUCUCGACCCCGCGUUGAGCCGGCCCGGGCGGAUGGAUGUGUGGGUCAAUUUCACUCACGCCACCAAGUGGCAGGCCGAGGGCAUUUUCAAGUGCUUCUUCCCUCACUCAGCCAAAGCGCCGCCCGCCGAGGAGGCCGACGCGGCGAAAGACGCGUCGCAGAAGAACCUGCCUGUGCCGAAGCGCAAGGCGUUCAAGCACGCCGUUCCCAUUCUAAGUGAAGCUGAGAUUGUUGAACUUGCCAAGCGAUUCGCAGCCGCCAUCCCCGAAGACGAACUGAGUGUCGCCGGUCUUCAAGGAUACCUGCUCAAGAACAAGACCCGUCCCCGCGAAUGCGUCGACGAGGUCGCCGAGUGGGUCAUCUCCGAGCGCGAAACUCGCGAAAAGCUCAAGAAGGAGAAAGCCGAGCGCGAAGCCAAGGAGAAGAAGGAAGCCGAGGAGAGGGAGAAAAAAGAAAAGGAGGAAAAGGAAGCCAAGGAGAAGGAGGAGAGGGAGACCAAGGAGAAACUUGAGCGCAAAGAAAAGGCUAAGAAGGCGGCCGCCGCUGCCAAGAAACUCGGGGAAACCUCCGCGGCUGAGCAAACCUCCACCGCUUCGAGCAGUGAAUCCGCGACGGAAAGCUCAAGCGGGGCCGAUGCUGACACGGAAUCCGUCGCUUCUGAGGAAGAGACGGAUGACACCCCCAAGAAGGAGAAAUGGGUUGCGGUCAAGCCUCAGCCCCUAUCGACAGCGGCAGCGGAAUCGCAGACUGAAGCAGUCAGCGACGUCGAGCCGAGCGAAGAGCCCUCCGGUCCUUAAAUGCAUGUGAAUAUGCGCGCUUGCUCUGGACUGGAAUGGCUGUUUGCUCCAUGCUCCGCUUCCCGAAAUGGGAUCCCGCCGCUGAAUCUGUCUCUCCACGCAUCUACUGGUUCUCGAUUGUGUGUGUGUGUCUGUGUGUUCGGUCGUUAGUUACUCUGUGCUUGUUGAUACGUUAGACGGAAUGGCAUCUUUCUGCGUGGCUUUCGCCGCCCG